GUAGCUAGAACGCCUUAUUUAAUGCAAAUAGUUCCAACUUGUUCAACUCAUUCGUAAAAAGCCACAUGUGAGAAGAGCACAUGUAUCGUUGCAUACAGCUUAAUACGAUACGGCUAUUGGGCUAAUCAAUUAUAUCAAUUACAAGAUUACCACCAGACUGUUGAAAUUGUGAAUAAGAUUAUCGUUAUAUGUAUGUAACCGUAAAAUGGCUGCUGCCAAAGCAAUGUCGAACGUACUGAUUGUCCAAGCGAUACUACAACAUGUCCAAGAUGACGCCGACGUUGUCCAAUUCCGUCUCGUGUCCCCCCUUUGGAACGAGAUCAUCCUUUCCUUGGUCACGCCACGGGUGCACGUCCACCUCAACCGGGUCGUAUCGUUACCGGAUGGCGUCGCUCUUAGCCCCUUCAUCAACCCCACAAAAUUGGCCUCCUUUCCCCCAAAAUUGCUCAAAUCCGUCAUUUUUACCGCUCACCCCAACGACGAAACGAAUUUAGCACAAGCGCAAAAUUUACUGGUACAAUUUCGCGCUCAAAUUCAACACCUUUCCGUCCUCGGUGGAGACAAUGUGGGCCCCUUUUUGCACCAUAUUUUCGCAAACUGUCGCCUGGACCAGGUAAAAAAUUUACACGUGGUCAUGGAUCACGAAAAAGUGCACAGGUAUCGAAGACAUCGAAAUCCCACCCUAACUAUCUCUCAAUGUGAAACGGAAAUUUCUGAAAAACUGGACCUCAGACAGAUUCGAUAUGUUGUAAAAUCCAAGUGUUUCCGGAAUUUGGAACAUUCCCAAGAGCAGCAAAAAAUUUUAAGAUUUCUCUUAACCAUGAGCCCAAAUUUGGAAUAUCUUCAAGUUAAAGAUGACUCUUUGUCCUCAAUCCUGGGCAAUUUUAAUAACUUGAAAACCUUUAAAUUUCAUUGGGACAUUGGAAAGAUAACUCGUCCGGAGAUCACGAGUUUACAAAAUUUGAAUAAAUUUCUGGAAAGGGUUAAAUUUUCCCUGGAGCGGUUGAAAUUAACGGGGGACUUUACCGGGUCUGUCGUGCAGUAUGAUAUUAUCGGGUCUCGCAUUUGGCAUGACUUUUUACCGUUCAGGGACCAGUUUCACCUCCCGCGGGAAGGGAUUCCAAAUUUGAAAUGGUUUCAAAACGGAGUCAUGCGAACUUUCAAGUGUGGGAGGACGGAUUUCGAGAAAAUGGGAAAGCUGGAACAUUUAGAAUUGUACGAAGUACCGAAGGAACUUUCUGCAAUGACGAACAUUUGCGUGGGCACUAUUUUACGGUGGGAUAUAGCGUGUUGGGGAGGAAUUACGACCUUGAAACUGGGUGGGAUUGAGGAUAUCAAGUUGUUGGAGUGUAUUGGUCUCAGGUUUCCAUCCGUGCGACGACUUGAUGUCAACAUUCGUGUCUGGAGUGAGAAUGUCUUUUUGAGGACGAUUUUUGAAAAGUUGGCGCCCAUCAAGACGUUAACUCAUAUCUCAGUGGGGGCUCCGUUUCCCACCAGGUUUUCGAAAUUUGUCGACUUCCUUGAAUAUUUGACGACCUCAUUUCAAAAUGUCACCGAGAUACGCGUGGACCGCUGCACUUUUGACGGGUUUAGUCUUAGGUACGAGCGGUGUUACCAACCCCCGGAAGUCGAUGUGCGUCAAAUGAAUAGAUUACGUAGUUUGAUCCCCGCUCUUUUGAAGAGUCGGGAGUUGACGGAAUUUACGGGUAUGCAGAUCACUCACGUACCGACUGGUCUCUCAUUUCGGAGAGGUGCUCCAUUUCAGUGUGAAGAACAAAAUGUUGGUUGAAGUUACUCCGUUUUCCGAAAUUCUUUCCAAUUUUGCAUUUAUACUAAUUUACACAUAUGUAAUAAAGCUUUAUUGACUUUAAAACAUA